ACCAGCUGAUUUCAUGAGGAACUUUACUCCUGUUGGGAUGAGGAUUCCUCCCUUUAGUGACUUGAAGGAGGUCAACAGAGCGAACUACUUUCGCUUCGCUGAUAAACUCGGAGAGUUAAUGCUCGAGUACAACACCACCUUCUCCUGCCACGAGUCCCAGCUCUUUCCAGUUAACGAGCUGGAUGGCCUCAGGGCCCGGGUUGCCGAACUUGAAGAAGGGAUCCGUCAACUCAAGGAGAUGGAGGAGGAAAAUGCCAAGGCGGUGGCAAAGGCGAACGAGAUCCGGGAACGAAUGCUGGAAGCCGAAGGUCGCUGCAACCUUCUUGACAUUGCCAAAACUGAUCUUUCCGAGAAGCUGAAGAUCGGGAAGAACUUGUACCUCGAGGCAUGUGACAAGAUUACCUCGCUGGAAGCUGAAGUUAAGCGAAGCGAGGAAUGGUGCAAGAUCGCUGCUGAGAAACGGGACGAGGAGCUCGCAGCAGCGAAAAAAGAUGAAAGGAUGAGGCUUCGUGAACUCUAUAGCGGACUCGACUCGAAACAUGAGACCUACUACAAGGCCAUCAGUGAUAACGAGAUGAUUGGGACACGUCUUGCCGAGACUCGGGCGAACCGAGAACUUCUUGAGGAGUUAAAAGCCGAACUAGAGUUCGGCUUUUACCGACUCUAGUUCGGCUUUCC